AUGCCAAAAUCAAAAUGUAAAAAUGCUGCAAAAGAAUAUAUACUUAUACAAAGUAGAGAUAAUAAAGGAAAGUUUUUAAAAACUAUAGACACGGAAAAUAGUAAUUCAGAAUAUAGUGAUUCUGAGCUUUUAAUUUUUGAAUCUAAGAACAAUAAUAAGAAAGAAUUUGAUAAUAAGAUAGAACCUAAUGAAGAAGCUAAACAGUUAAUUAAUAAAGAUAAUUCUUUUUAUAACUUAAAUGAUUUAGAUAAAACAAAUGACAAUUCUAUUUCAGAACAGUUAAAUAAAUUAAAUAACACACUUAAUAAUAUGAAACAUAUGAAUGCUUAUAAAUAUCUUCACCAUCUAGCUGUUUAUAAAUAUCUUACCAAAAUUUUUGACUAUGAAAAAUUACAAACUCGUAUAAAAUUAAGUUUGGAAAUAUCACAACAGAUCUUUCAACAUAGUUUAUGGAUUGUAUAUUAA